CCAAGUCCUCUUUUCUUGCCUCUUACGUUGAUCUGCUCGGGAUUUACACUAUGAGUGUCCGUCUAAACGCCCAGUCGACCCAGGAGAAGUACUCAGAAUUGCUGGACAAGUACGAUACUUGGCUGUUCGACUGCGAUGGCGUCCUGUGGCACGGUGAUCGACUAAUCGACGGUGUAGUAGAAGUUCUGGAGACUCUGAGGAAACGAGGCAAGCACAUUCUCUUCGUAACGAAUAACGCCACAAAGUCGCGGAAGAACUACAAGAAGAAGUUCGACAAACUGGGAAUUCAGGCUGAAGUCGAUGAAGUUUUUGGUUCGGCCUAUGCCUCGGCUGUCUACCUCUCAUCUGUUCUGAAACUCCCAAAGGGCAAGAAGGUGUAUGUGAUUGGCAUGGACGGACUAGAGGAGGAGCUCAGGGACGAGGGCAUUGACUUUAUCGGCGGAACCGAUCCUGCGGACAACACCUUCGAACCGCCCUCCGAGAUCUUGCCAGAUUUCUCCGUUGGCGCCGUGGUCAUCGGCCUCGACAUGUCCAUCAACUACACGAAGAUGUGCAAGGCGUUUCGCUACCUUCAUUCCAACCCGGACUGCGCGUUCAUUGCUACAAACAAGGACUCGACGUAUCCUGGAAGCCAUGGACUCCUUCCUGGCGCCGGGUCUUGCAUCGCUCCUCUCGAGUACGCCCUGGGACCAAAGAGGACGGCAUUGCCCAUCGGGAAGCCCAGCAAGACGAUGCUUGACUGUAUCAUGGCGAAGCACCACUUUGACCCAAAACGUACGAUCAUGGUCGGUGAUAGGUUGAAUACCGAUAUUGAGUUUGGAAAGGCCGGUGGACUCUCCACACUUCUUGUCCUGUCGGGUAUCACCUCUGAAGACGAACUGACCGGGCCUAACCCCUCCCCUACUGUACCGGACUAUGUUACAGAUUCUUUGGGAGAUCUCCGUGCUGCGAGCUAGAAGUAAAGUACUCUCGAUAGAGGUACCGCUGAAUGUCUAGAAACGUGCAAAAUAGAUCGGUUCAGGCAGCUUCCCUACAUAAGCGGACAUAUUAAUAGAUAUAUAGAGGGGACCCAUCGCACAUGUAUCAGUGUUAAGCUGUACUAUAAAAGGUAGAAGAAAUCACAAACAUUAUCCUUAGGAUUUUUGAAGGCCGCUUCGCGUGCCAUUGUAUAACCCCUCUCCGUCUACAUUGUUCCACUAUCGAC